CCCCCCCCCGAACGAUCUGCACGCUUUCUUUAUUGCGAUAUUGUCUGGCGCUGCAAAUUGUUGACUGCGUUUUGCUUGCACCUUUCUCUCCUAUUUUUUUUUCCCUUUUUCCACACCUCUCCGCUGCGAAUAAGCCUACUCGUUUGUGGCCGUCAUGUCGAAGCGAACGUUGGUUGAAAAGCAUGGAAGCCAGUAUAUCUACAAGGCCGACACGACGUAUCCCAUUCCGAACGUGGAUCUGUUGACCUUGUUGUUUGAGCACCCCCAAUGCGGCGCAAAGGAGAACACCAUCAUUCAUGUGGACGCUGAAAACCCGUCAAACGCUCUCACAAAAGCUUCGGCCCGCACUCUGACCAAGCGCAUCGCCCACGCGCUCAGGACCCAGUACAACGUCGGCCCAAUUGCCCUCGGAAAGGGCACCAAGGGCGCAAAGAAGAAGGACUACGUCACUUGCAUCUCGGCCGGCAACUACCUCGUCCCGUGCAUGUUCUACGGCGUUGUCGCAGCGGGCGGCAUCUUCUCCUCCGUCACGGCGAGUGCAACGGUGGAGGAGCUUGAGCGCUUGAUCAAGCUGGCCCCGAGCGAGCUGAUCAUCACGAGCGCAGAAACGAAAGAGACCAGCGUUGCGGCGGCCAAGAAGUGCGGCAUCCCCCUCAAGAACGUGCUCGUCAUUGACGUGCCCGGCGUGGCUCUGCGGAGAGCCAGCGACGACAAGGACAUCCUCACCAGAAAAGAGCUCGACUGGCGCGUCAUCACCAACAAGAAGGAGCUCGAGAACACGCCGCUGUGCCUCAUCUACUCGUCCGGAACGACCGGCCUUCCCAAGGGCGUGCCGCUGACCCACAUGAACAUGGUCGCCGAGUGCAUCCUGGGAUGCGACCCGAUCAAGAAGCAGAUGGACUUUGAGUACAAGACGAUCGCCCACCUGCCCGUCGCCCACAUUGCGGGCAUGCAGGGCUACUUUGUGAACCCCUUCUACAUGGGCGGUCCGACGUACUGGAUGACCAAGUUCGACUUUCCCAAGUUCCUCGAGUACAACAAGAAAUACGGCAUCACGUUCUUCUUCACCGUCCCACCCAUCUACUUGCUCAUCGCCAAGAUGCCCCAGGUGACGGACCAGUUCGACACGUUGCGUAUCGCCAUCAGCGGCGCCGCCCCUAUGGGCAAGGACCUGCAGUACGCGGCGAGCGCAAAGCUGGGCAAGGGCCAGACCUUCAUCACCCAGACUUGGGGUCUGAGCGAGAGCACCGGCUCGGCGACGUUGCUUGGCUACGGCGAGAAGGACGACACCGGCUCCGUCUCGCGGCUGCUGCCGAACUGUAUGGCACGGAUGGUGGACGAAGAUGGCCACGACGUGGAGCCUGGCAAGGAAGGCGAGAUCUGGCUACAGGGCCCCGUCAUCUUCCGCGGCUACCACAACAACCCGGCCGCGGACAAGGACUCGUUCGAAAACGGCUGGUACAAGACCGGCGACGUCGGCGUCUUCAAGAACGGGCUGUUCUACAUCGUCGACCGGCGAAAGGAGCUCAUCAAGUACAAGGGCAUGCAGGUCGCGCCGGCCGAGCUCGAGGCGCUGCUCAUCUCGCAUGAAGAUAUCCUCGACGCCGCUGUCAUCGGCGUCGAGGCCGAGGGCACCGAGGUACCCCGCGCGUACGUGGUCGCAGAUCCAAAGAAAAUCUCGGAGCAACAGAUCAAGGACUUUGUCAAGCAGAACGUCGCGCAGUACAAGCAGCUCCGGGGCGGCGUCGUCUUCAUCGACGCCAUCCCUAAGAGCCCCAGCGGCAAGAUCCUCAGAAAGGAUCUUCGCGCCAUGGCCAAGAAGGAAGCCCCCAAGGCUAAGUUGUAAGGGGGCACAUGGCAUAAUUAUACACACCCACACACACGUAUAUAUAUGUAGAGGAGUGUGUGUGUGCGUGUGAGGUACUGUGAACUUUUCAGCGCAUUCUCGGUUCCGGCUCUUUGCCACGCAAUAUACGUCGCCGGCGUGUUUGUUAUAACCAGCUCUGACCCCGGGCUUGAAUCGUUUUUUCGUGAUACGGAUGCUUACGCCAUAGACCGCGGGAGAGACUCAAUUAGAUGGUAACCAAAUUGCUGUACAAUGUAAC